AGCCGGAGAUCUUCAUGCCACUUCCACUCGGGCCCGAGAAGCUUGAAGUGGGGCAGGGGCGGAUAGACCCGCAAAUUCAAUCGCGUCGCGUCAACGCGUGCCAAAAGUACUGUACCUAUCCAAGCUCCACAUCCUUUCCAUUUCCACUUCCACUUUCCAACCUCUUCAUCCCUCAUACUUCACACUUCUCCGACCAAACAUGAACACUUUCUCUAUAUGAUUAUUUGACAUUUCUCCUGGGAAGUCUGCACUAAUUCACAGCAUACAUCCUACGAAAUAUCACUAAAUCUUACGAUGUCUUCGACCCGAGAAUCUUCGCCAGCCAGCGAGUCUGGGGCCAUGUCGCCGCCUCAAUUGACGCCAAAUUCCAAGGUCAAAGCUAUGCUAGCUGCCUUUGAUGCAGACUCGGACGAUGAGAGUGUAUCAGGGCCUGCGAGACCCAAAUCAGUAACUCUGGUGGCUAAUACAACACCAUCGAAGUCAACGAGCAGCGAAACAAUCGACACAGAAAAAUCGAAGGAGCAUAGGGCGGUGGACAGUCCUUCUGAUGAUGAUGACGAUGAAGAUAUCUUUCGCCCAAAGGGACGAGUAGCUGCUAUGAUGCAGGCCAAUGAGGAUGAUUCCGAGGAGGAUCAAUCGUCGGCGGAAACAGCGAGAGAACGCGUCAAGAAGAUGCUUAUGGCGAAGAGCAAAUCACCCGAACCAGCUACAAAUACCGAAGACUUGGACGGAAGUGACGAGAAUGAUGCACCAGUUGUCUCACGGAAACGGAAGUUACGCGUUGUGCGUCAGGAUACUCCCAACUCAAGCCCUCCUCGUCGUUCCGCGUCGCCAAGCUUAUUCGUUUCGCCAGCAAAAUCUUCUCGAGAUGCAGAUGCUGGAUCCGACUCGGACGUGGAGUUGCCAGAAGCUGGUAAUGCCCGGUUCAUGGCUCUCGUUGAGAAGAAGAGACAGGAACGUCUGGCCAAAGAAGCUGAGGCUGCAGAAGAGAAGGCGAAGAGGGCAGAGGAGAAGCAGCGUUAUACCCAGGCACUGGAGGAUGAAGAUGGUGUUGAGGAUAGCGAAGGAGAGAGACGACUCACACAGUCCUCACGCCCAAACCGCAAAGCCAGCAAGAAAGCCCUCGAAGAGAUGCACCGAGAGACACAGCGCUUGAGUCGAAAUCAACAGUUGGCACAUUACGCAACUACCAAGAAGAAGUUUACGAAAGCAGACUUUUUCGCCAAGUUCAUAAAACAGCCGAAAAUGGAAGAGACUUCAGAGCCUGCUCGACAUACAAGCUCAAGUUCUCCUGCUCCACAGUCUGACGUCGAGACCAAGGACACACCACCAACUUCUCCAGCAUCCCCCGGCCCCAAUACCGAGAAAGACUCCCUGCCAUCAAAUCUUACAACGCUAGUAGCAGCCAUGGACAAUGAUGCCGAAGAGUUGCCCUCGCUUGAAGAGGCCUUGGUCAAAAUCCAAUCAUCAUCGCCACCAACAAAGCUUGGUAAGGGAAAAGGAAAGGAUGUUGAGGAACCAGGACUGGAAACUGAGUUGUCGAAGUCAAGAUUCAAACAGCGGUCAAUUCGCGUGCGAGUACCAAAGCUUACUGAUCGUAAAGCUUCUCCUUUGGAUGAAUCGGACAGCGACCUCGAAAUUCUCUCAGUGAAGCCAGUUAGCAGGAAAGAGAAAAUGGAUUCUAUCUUCGAUCGCGUACCAGCAAAGCUCGCCAAGGAAUCUCAUUCUCUGCAUGCGCUCCGAAUGUUAGCACAAGUCACUUCUCCCGGCAAACAAAGUUCUGGACGAAACUAUGGACGAAACAAGAAGCCAUCAAUGACAACAAUAGAAAUGCAGAUGUCCCUUCAACAACGCGCCAGACAACAAGCCACUCGCGAGAGAGAGGAGCGUUUGCAAGCGUUGCGAGAGAAAGGUGUCAUAAUUCAGACUGCCGAAGAGAGAGAACGGGAGGCAGCUGAGGUCGAUGAUAUGGUUGCCAGGGCCCGACUGGAGGGCGAGCAAAUCGCGAAGCGAGAGAAAGCGGCAGCUAAGAAAGAGAGAAAGGCAAAUGGAGAAGCUGAUCCUCUCGGAGAAGACAGCAGUGAUGAUGAAGAUUGGCAAGAGUCAAAAGAAGUUCCUGAGGACGACGAGGUCUCUCUCUCGGGCUCAGAAGAAGAGGUCGACGAGGAAGAGGAGGAGCUUGUAGGAAGCGGCGAGGAGGAAGAUCAGAUGGAGCUCGAUGGAGAAGAGCUGGACACCAAACCCGCCAACGCCAUGUUCGAUAAUGAAGCUGAUGAGACUGAUGACGAUGAAGCAGAAGCUGAAGCCAAUCUUUCUAUCGACGAGGAGAUGGCUGAUGACGGGGAUGCGGAGGAUGAGGAAGAGGAAGAGUUCGCUUUGAAUCAGAAGACUCGAAGAUCCCGGAAUGCGAAUGUCAUUUCUGACGACGAGGAUGAAGAUGAGGAAGAACAGGAGAAACAAACUCCGGUGGCACCCGAAAUCUACUCUCCGCUUCAAAUGAGUACAAAGUCUCCCAUGGCGCCAAAUUCAGUUCUCCGAUCUGCUACCAAAACCUUCAUUCCUGGCCUGACAGUCGCCGGUCCAGCUGGCCUUGGUCUGACACAGAUCUUCGCAGGUACUAUGGAUGAUAGUCAGGCUUUCGGACCUUCUCCAACUGCAAUGGACGCCGAAUCGCAGCAAGUUGAAUCAAACCAGGACUCUCUUGCUUUCUUAAGACGACUUAGAGCUCCAGAUCUGCCACCAUUCGUUCCAACCUUCGAGGAAGAUACCCAAGAUGCGGACAUGAUGAACCAAUCUCAAGUCAGCCAUAUUCCGGAAUCACAGCCAGCAGAAGAAACCCAGAGCCAAAAUAUUCAACUUCAUCUCUCUCAAUCACAAGUCCACGAGUUUGAUAGCUUGGUACACGAUACUCAGAUGUCCCAGAUGUUCGAAGCUACCCAGGAUGUUGGUUUCCAGCAUAUGACUCCCAUUAAGGGCAGAUUCUUGGAGGCACCACCUUCCACCGUCGAUACUGUUAUUCUUGAGCCAACUGCUCUGCCCGAGACCAUGGAUGAGACCCCGAUCGUGAAGAAGAAAGGCAAGCUUCGCCAAAGAGCCCAUAUUGCCACCUUUUCUGAUGAGGAAGAUGCUGGUGAACAAGAGGAAGCCGUCGAGGAGGAUGACUUUGAUCUCACUGCAAAUGCCUUCGAUGUCAUGCGGAAGGGAUCAAAGAAGAAAGUGGAGAAGAAGGUCGAGGAGGACUUCGACAAGAAGAAGAGCAAGGCGAAGGAGAUGGUCAACGAGCAAGCCGAAGAGUCCGAAGAUGAGUAUGCUGGAUUAGGAGGCGCAAGUGAUGAUGAGAGUGGUGCCGAAGACGAUGCGUUCGUAAAAGAAAUGAUCAAUGAUGAGGGCGGCGAGCACUUUGACGCUGGCAAGCUUGCUGCAAUUCAUGCUGAUCGAGAAAGAGUAAACGAUGAGAAACAAAUCGAAAAGCUCUACAAAGACAUUACCAACGGAAUGCUUCGUCGCAAGCGUGGUGCAGAUUAUGAUCUCUCCGACUCCGACGACGGAGGCGAAGCCCGACAACGCAGAAAGCGCAAGGAAUUUGCCAGAAUGCGGAAAGCCCUUCUCGCCGACGAAAGAAUUGGCAAGAUCGCCGAAAACCCGAAGAGGCAAGCCUUCUUGCGUGCUAUCGAAGACCGUGGUAGUGAAGACGAGAUGGAUUUCCUCGAAGACUUCCGUGAACAAGAAGAAGGAACCGACUCUCAGUCUCAAUCCCAAGGUGAAGGUGCACCACAUAGCGUCCCCGACAGCCAGCCAACCUCCAUGGGCCCUCCUAAGCGCAAGCACUCAGACGAGACAUCAUACAUCCAGAACAGGCUCCCUCCUCAUCUCCGCCGCACCAAGCCGAACAAAAAACCAUCCAACCUCUUAGAAAUCCGAGAAUCCCUCUCCUCUCUCAUCGAAGAGCCCAAUUCAGUGAUGGCACCUGAAGAUUCUGGCACCGAGUCCGAAGACGAGCUCGAAAUCGAAGGCGAAGAAGAUCUUGGCCCAAGUAAAGAGAAGAACAAAGAGAAUCGCGAUCCAUUCGCCCUUCGCCGAACAAACGUCGCCAUUGUCGACCGCAUCUCACUCAAGCGCGCGUCAUCAAGCUCUAUCUCUAACAGCACCAAGCUCGCCUUCGCCGUCUCAUCCUCCACUUCAGGCUUCAAAGUCCCGGCUCUGCUCCGACGCACUACAACGAAUAACAGUAUCGCUUCAAGUACGAGUUCGAGUGUGAGUGGUGGGAUGUCUGGCAUUGAGCGGAUGGCUGGUGGCGGAAGUGGCAAUGAUGGCGUGAAGAGGGGCGGAGGGAAGAAUAGUGGUGUUAAUUAUUUUGCGAGGGAGAGUGAGCGGAGGGCGGCGGUGGUGAAGACGGAGAAGAGGAGGGAGAUGAAGAUGGUCAAGGGGGCGAAGGAUAGGAGGAAGGUUGUUGGUGGGUUGUUUGGGGGUGGGAAGUUUGAGUGAUUGAAGGAGUUCUUGUCGCGGUAUAUGGUUGAGGUGAUUAGCGUGCUAUAGUUGGGCGUUCCGGCUGGGAUUUGGUUUGGAUCGGCGUUUAGUGUGAGUCAAGGGCUGGUAUAGAACUGUGGAGUUCAAAUGAGGUUGAUAGGAAAUGAAAUAUUGAUGCGCUCAAACCUUAUACAAAGUUUUGUUUACAGUGAAGCGAGAUCGUCUAGCGAGGUUGUUUCUUGGCGAC